AUGAAAUUACAAGUAAUAACUACUAUAUUUUUGACACUUUUUACUUUUGUUUCUUCUACGUCAUUACCAGGGAAAUAUGAUCUAUAUAGAAGAAAACAGGCCUUAUAUAGGCGUCAGGAUCUGAUGAGUAAUUCAACAACCGGUAUAAACGGUACAAAUGGUACAAAUGGUACUACUGGUGGUAGCGGCGGCGGCGCCAGUAGUGGUACUGUUCCAAUAAUUGUGGUUGGUGGAGCAUCUACUAUAUCUAAUGGUACAGCAGUGUCCAAUUUUACUGGGGUCUUGAAUUCUACUCAACUUUUCACAAUUUUACGUCAAGUAAAUCAAUCUUUAUCCUCUUCCUCUUCCUCCUCUUCUUCCCAGGGAAUUGUCAUUAUUGCAAGUAAGAGUUCUUUUGAAUCUAUUGCCUUUUUCUUGGCUAUUACUGUUAACACAAACAAAACUAUUGUUGUUUGUGAUGAUGCCAGACUAGGAAGAAUCGUGGCUACCGAUGCGGGUUCUCAAGGUCGUGGUCCAUUGAUUGUUGGUAAAAAUAAAGUUAUCUUUUCUGGUACCUUGCCACCAUGGGGUGUUCCAGAUGGGGUCAUCGGUGAUAAUGAUGAAGCAUAUUGGUUCACCGAUGCUUGUCCACCAUUAUUAAUUGCUGAAAACUCAACCUUAAGAACACAAUUUACAAAUUUCACAUCCACUAACGUUUCUAGCAAUGUAAUGGUUCCGAUUGUUUUUGAAGAAGGUAUCAGUACAACUUUGUUAAACUCGGUAAGUUCAUUUAUUCAAGGACUAGUCGUCAUCAGUUCCGGUUCUAAUGCAACUUCGUCUAGUCAAUCUUCGUCUAUUCCAAUUGUGUACACCUCACCAAAGAGUAAGUUUGUAUCAUUUAUUAGCGAUGCCAAUAUCCCAAGUGGUGCUAUUGCAGGUGGAUAUCUGUCUCCCAUCCAAGCCCAAAUUUUGUUAUCAGUGGCAAUAGCUAACGGUGUUAAUAAUACACAAAGUUUGACUCAAAUUUUCCCUUCAUGA